AUUCUUUAACAUUGCUCUUUGUUCUAUGGGAAAUGCUACAAGAAAGUAGGAAUUUCCUCUCACCAUUACCCCUCUGGCAGUGUGUUUCAAUCUAAUUCCUGGCUUGCUGUCUGUCCUGCUUACUACCUCUUCUCCUUACUAGCAGUCUAAAUUCUGCUUCAUCUACUAAGAGGGGGAUUCCAGACAGACGAGGAAACAGCCUUCAUCACUGCCCUGCAGGCAUAUUAAGUUAUUCCCCCACUGUGCAGUCUGGAAAUCAGGGAGCACCUCUCUGGCAAUGAAUUCUAAUGAGCUGCUAAAGAUGCCGGAGUGUGUGCGCACACAGGCGUUUUCUUUCCCCUCCCCCGCCUCUUCCUUUUCCAAGCCCCUCUUCUCCCUAUUUCCCCUCCUACUCCUUUAUCCCCUCCCUCUGUGUCUCAUUUCUGCAGUAAACGGGGCUGAGGCACAUUCCUGCUUUGCAAGGCUUUCUGUUAAGGUGUUCUGUGGCUUUUGUUUGGAUCGCAGCAUGCUGAAUUACAGCUGUUCAGAGGAGACUCAUUACAACUCCUGCUGAAGUCCUAAUCUUCCUCCCUUCCCUUCUGCCCCUACCCCGUACCCUCAUUGGCCUGAAGACAUUGUACAGAGUUUGCCUUACUCCCCUGGUGCUAUGUGUAUGGUAAACCUGGUACUAUGGCCGCAUCUCGGACUGGCCAGACAACUGCUGCUGGUUCUCCCUAUUCCAAGAAGGAUUUAAAGGGGAAUUGCACUGCAGGCAAUGCAUCAGAGCAGCAGCAUCGGGAGCUUGGGGACUAAGGCUCCUCGGGCAUUAUUACAGACACACAGAGCUGACCGCAAUGACAGCAGCUGCUCCUUUGAACUGUUGGCAGCAGCCAAGCGGCAGCAUGAAGUGAGAGAUCACUCCUGAGCUCAAGAUGAACUCUACCUUGGAUGGUAAUCAGAGCAGCCACCCUUUUUGCCUCUUGGCAUUUGGCUAUUUGGAAACUGUCAAUUUUUGCCUUUUGGAAGUAUUAAUUAUUGUCUUUCUAACUGUGUUGAUUAUUUCUGGCAACAUUAUUGUGAUUUUUGUAUUUCAUUGUGCACCUUUGUUGAACCACCAUACUACAAGUUAUUUUAUCCAGACUAUGGCAUAUGCUGACCUCUUGGUUGGGGUAAGCUGCCUGGUCCCUUCUUUAUCACUCCUCCACUACCCGCUUCCAGUAGAGGAGUCCUUGACUUGCCAGGUAUUUGGUUUUGUAGUAUCAGUUCUGAAGAGUGUCUCCAUGGCCUCUCUGGCCUGUAUCAGCAUCGAUAGAUAUAUUGCCAUCACUAAGCCUCUAACCUAUAAUACCCUGGUUACGCCCUGGAGACUGCGUCUGUGUAUUUUCCUGAUUUGGCUAUACUCCACCCUGGUCUUCCUGCCUUCCUUUUUCCACUGGGGCAAACCUGGAUAUCAUGGAGAUGUGUUUCAGUGGUGUGCGGAGUCCUGGCACACCGACCCCUACUUCACCCUGUUCAUCGUGAUGAUGUUAUAUGCCCCAGCAGCCCUCAUUGUGUGCUUCACCUAUUUCAACAUCUUCCGCAUCUGCCAACAGCACACAAAGGAAAUCAGCGAAAGGCAAGCCCGCUUCAGCAGCCAGAGUGGGGAGACUGGGGAGGUGCAGGCCUGUCCUGAUAAGCGCUAUGCCAUGGUCCUGUUCCGAAUUACUAGUGUAUUUUACAUCCUCUGGUUGCCAUACAUCAUCUACUUCUUACUGGAGAGCUCCACUGGCCACAGCAACCGCUUCGCAUCCUUCUUGACCACCUGGCUUGCUAUUAGUAAUAGUUUCUGCAACUGUGUCAUUUAUAGUCUUUCCAACAGUGUCUUCCAAAGGGGACUAAAGCGCCUCUCAGGGGCCAUGUGUACUUCUUGUGCGAGUCAGAUGAUAGCUAAGGACCCUUACACAGUUAGGAGCAAAGGCCCCCUUAAUGGAUUUCAUGUCUGAAGUGGUUCAGAUAUUGGGUCACUGUUGUGUGUGUGUGUGUGUGUGUGUGUGUUUCCUUUUUAUCUUUUUGUAUUUCUAGUUCACUGGGAAAUAUGGGACAAAAUAGUUUGACUCUAAGCAAUAGUUAACAAAUGAUCCAUCCAAAAUACCUUUUAAGUUUGCAGAAAUGAUUUUUUUUAAUGCUUUCGAAUGAGAAGAAUCAGGACCAUGAAGAUAAAUUGCUCUUCGUUCCUAUUUCCAUAAUGUCAUGGAAAUGACUGUAUUUAAUUCUCAGACUUAAAAUGAAUAAAGCCAUAUCUAACACCUCUCUCCAGCUGGCAUGACUGAACCUGGGUGUGAAAAGCGUCAGCAUUUUUAAAAGUCAUCAUUUUCUUGUUGCUUUUCUGGGUUCUUUCCAGCUGUUUGAGCUUCAUGUACAAUUGAUUUCUUUUAACAGGAAAUAUUAAAAUACAGUGGUGAAUUAACAGGGUUUUAAAAUUUUCUUUAUAUCUGUCAAAGUGUAACUACCCUGCAGGUUUCCACACUGUCAUUCAGAAAGUCAAAUGUUUUAUGUCUUAUUCUCUUGAGAGAAUUCUCAGUACAGUGAAUAAUGUGAAAACUUAAACAUUAAUUUAAAAUUUGGGGGGACUUCCCUGGCGGUUCAGUGGUUAAGACUUUGCCUUCCAAUGCAGGGGGUGUGGGUUCAGUCCCUGGUUGAGGAACUAAUAUCCCACAUGUCUCAUUGCCAAGAAACCAAAAAACAUAAAAGAGAAGCAAUAUUGUAACAAAUUCAGUAAAGACUUAAAAAAAAAAUGGUCCACAU